AUGGACAAUGCAGAGUUGACGGAUGCAGAGUCAGACGUAGAAGCUACAGAAGUAGAUAAUGUAACUUCAGCAGAACAAUGGUCGGAAAACAUUGUGAACUCAUACAAAGAGUUCCUAGUCUCUGGAGGGACAAACUACACUGAUAUUCCAAGCAGGAAACGAAAGUCAUUUAGAAGAAGAGCAAAAGAUUUUACAGUUCAAGAUGGAAGGUUGUACUACACAAAGACUCCAGGUUUACUCAGACUGGCACUUGGUAGCAAAAAUGAGCAAGAUCGUGCCUUUCAGGAGUGUCACGUAAAUCCAAUUGGCGGUCAUCUGGGAAGAACUAAAACCACUGACAAAAUAAGGAGCAGAUACUACUGGCCAAACCAGUACAUUGAUAUCGCAAAUCAGAUAAGGAAAUGUGAUAGGUGCCAGAGGACGAAUUCUGUUCUCAAAUUGCAGUCAAACGAACUCCACCCUAUUCCUGUUCGUUCAGAAGUGUGGAGUCUAGUUGGAAUUGAUCUCAUGGGACCGCUGACAAUGACAAGUCAAGGAAACCAAUACAUACUAACAAUGACAUGCUAUUUCAGUAAAUGGGUUGAAGCUUUCCCCAUAUCAGACAAAACUGCUGUUACAGUGGCCAGGGCUUUGUACACUGCCUACUGUAGGCAUGGAGCACCAAACGAUAUUAUCACUGAUCAAGGCAGAGAGUUUGUCAACCAGGUGUGCAAGGUACUCCAUUGUCAAUUCAAUGUCAGGCAAAGAAUAACAGCUGCUUAUCAUCCUCAGUCUAACGGACUAGAUGAAAGAACAAAUCAAACAAUUAGAAAAUGCCUUGAAAAAUUGGUAAUAGAGCAUGAAGAAGACUGGGAUGAACUCCUUGACCCAGUUCUCUUUGCUAUUCGAACCAGUGUUCAAGAGUCCACCAAGUUCACUCCUUUCUUUUUAAUGCAUGGACGAGAAGCUAGGUUUCCUUUAGAAGCUGAAAACAGUGAGAUCACUUCUGUCAGUCAGUUGGGUGAUGUGCAGCAAGCAGUACAUCAUCUAAAGGAAAUGAGAAACAAAACAUUGAAAACAGUUGGACAGACUGUUUUGCGAUUAAAUAUGCUAAAAAGGACAACGAAAGGUCAUAAGAUGGAAGACACCUGGCUUGGACCAUACAGAGUUAUAGAAAUGACUGCAUCUGGUGGCUGUGUCCUUUGUUGCAUCAAAACUAAUUCAACAAUGAAGCGCAAAGUUAAUAUUAGUCAGCUGAAGAUCUACAAUACACCACAGAAGUCUUCUGAAUUGGCAAAUGUGACAAGCAAAGAUGAUGAAUCAGCUGCUACUAGGAUUAAGGGCAACAGCAAGCCAAAUUUCUCAGAUUUAGAACGUCAGCUAUUUGAUCAAAGUCUGUUACGGCUGUGGCGCACAGGAGCAAUAUGGGAGGCUUGGAAAGCUGAAGAAGACGACGAGAGAGAGCUUGCUGAACAUACAAGCUCUGUUGAAGAAUGUUGGCUUAGUGUCAAUGUAGACGUGGCUCUGUGGCUAGACUGUCGAACGUAUGAGAAAAAGCCAACAUUAAAACGAGUUAGUGAUUUUGUGCUAGUAAAUCCUGUUGUUCAUCAAGAGUUCAAUGAUUUUGCAAAAGCUGAAAUAACUCAAGAAUUGCAAUUACUACUAGACGUGGACUUAAUUAAGGUCUGGGAAACUGACAAAGCACUCUCAUUGCCAAGGGUGUCUCGAUAUCAAAACGUGUACGUCAGCAUCAGCAGCUCUCAACUUGAUGACCUAUGUCUGUGGGUAUAUGAUAUGAGAAAGCUGUAUAACAGUAAAGGAAGAAGUUUGUUUGAGGUAGUUAAUAAGAGAGCAAGUAUGCCUCAAACAUUGUCUAGUCUAACAUCAGCUGCCGAGAGUUCACAAAGAUGGGUACAUGGUCUGGAUCUCAAUGAAACUGAUAAAUGUAUUAUACAAGGCAAGUGUGCCGACGGCUUUCUAACUGACAAGCACAUGCAUGCUGCUCAUCAGCUUCUAUUAAAGCAGUUUCCCUACAUCAGUGGACUAGAGUCAACACUCUUUUGCCAGACUUACGGAUUCGCUCACGUAACAAGUGAUGCUAUUCAGAUUCAUUUUACAGGAAGUCAUCAUUGGGUGACUUCAACCUGCUUUGGCAAACAAGUACGACUAUACGACAGCAAUGCUGGCCUACACUUGUCUCCUUGUAUGGAAACACAGCUGGCACAAAUAUAUCAAUUGGCUCACAAAGACAACAUUCUCAUGCUGAGUCUGCAAUCGUCUCCAACUAAUGUUGGAGUGAAUCUCCUUCGUACAUCAACAACGUCAGGCUGGUCAACCGAUUGA